AAAAUGGUUUCCCUCUCGCCUUUCCCAGAUCACUCCUCUCUCCAAUUCAUUUUAAAAAAACAAGCGACACAAAAGAAGACAGGGCCAAAAAAUGGCAGAGGGGGACUGCGAAUUAAACGAGAAGCGAAAGAGAGAGAUCGCUAAAUGGUUUCUCCUCAACUCCCCAGCCGGUGAAAUCCAAUACAUCGCGAAAGAUUUGAGGUCGGUAUUGAAUGACGAUAAAGUGUAUAAUGAAGCUGCAUUAGAGGCAUUUGCUCUUUACAAUAAAUCUCACUUCAUUUGCCUUGAAUUACCUGAUCGAAGCGGAGAAGUUUUGGUUACAUCAUAUAAUGAGCUUGACGAGGAUGAGUUUCUUGAUCCUAGGACUGCACAGGUUGCGAUAGUUGACCAUGUUAAGCAAGUUUGUACAGAUAUGAGGCCCACAGCUGAUGAGGAACUUUCAUCACCGUAUAUUGAAGAAUUUCGUUGUGCUCUGGAUGCCGAAAUACUCAAAUAUGUUGCGGAAGCUUAUCCAAAAGGUAUAUGUUCUGUCUACUGUGUUAAAGGGAAGGACGUGGAGGGGCCGGGAUCUAAUUUUGAGUUUGUAGUGGUCAUUUCUGCUGUUAGAAAUAGCCCACAGAAUUUCUGCAAUGGAAGUUGGCGAUCACUGUGGAGCAUAGAGUUCAAGGAAGAUGUACAAAUGCUAGAAGUAGGAGGUGAAUUACAGGUGGGUGCCCAUUAUUUUGAAGAGGGAAAUGUUCAGCUGGAUGCAAAACAUGAAUGCAAAGAUGCAACAAUCUUUCAGGCCCCUGAGGAUUGUGCUAUUUCCAUAGCCAACAUUAUGCGUCAUCAUGAGGCACAGUACUUGGAAGCUCUUGAGGCGUCCUAUUCAAAUUUGCCAGAUACCACAUUCAAGGAUCUGCGAAGAAAACUUCCAGUUACUCGCACCUUAUUUCCAUGGCAUAAUACUCUACAAUUUAGCCUGACAAGAGAUAUCCAGAAGGAACUUGGAAUUGACAAGUGACUAAUACCAUGCCAGAAGUGUACACCUGUAUUGCUUGAUCUGUAAAGCCGAGAUAGUGAGAUCCCAAUAUACCACUCCAUUUUUUUUAUUUUUUUUUAAUCUUGAGCCUAUGUUUUCUUUUGAGGGUUGUUUGAUAUCUUGAUUAUAGUUAUUUCACCAGGUUUGAACACGCGAUCUCCACUGUUAGAGAUCUUCUAAUUUUUGGUGUGUAUACUGUACAAUUGAUAUAAAUUUUGUGUAGGGUACUCUUGUUAAUAAUCAUUCUUGUGAUGUGCUGUGAAAA